AUGGAGAAGCAUUUUGCAAGAUUCUUUUGGGGGUCAAGCAAUGAUAAAAGAAGAUACCACUGGAGUUCUUGGGAGAACUUGUGUUUUCCUAAAGAGGAAGGUGGAGUGGGCAUCAGAAAUAUGACUGACAUUUGUAAAUCUCUGGAUAUCAAGAAAUGGUGGAGAUUUAGGUGUCAAGACUCUUUGUGGGCUAGAUUCACAAAGGCUAAGUACUGCAUAAGAGCACAUCCUGUAGCUAAAGUCUGGGUGUCUGGGAAUUCUCACAUUUGGAAAACUCUGACUAAAAUUAGAAGUGAUGCUGAGCCACACAUGAUCUGGAAAAUUCAAAAUGGUCAUAUCAGCUUUUGGUGGGACAACUGGACUGGUUAUGGAGCUAUUGCUACUUACUGCCCGGAUUAUGUACACUCUAGUAGAACAAGAGUAAGAAACUUCAUUAUUGAUAAUGAAUGGGACUUGCAAAGCUUGGGAGACAUAGUUCCUGGUUGGCUGCUACAUCACAUUGCCAGUAUCAAGAUUGGAUCACAACACAAAAAAGACUACUUAAUGUGGAAGCUUGCUGCAGAUGGAGUUUUUUCCAACAAAGAAGCCUGGAAUGGGAUAAGAACUCAUAGACAAAAGGACCUGUUUGUGGACAUGCCAGUUGACUGCUUAUGCUGUUCAAAUGCUCAACCAGAGACUAUCCAACAUUUUUUCAUCGAAAGUGAGCCUGCUCUAUUUCUAUAUGGAGAUCAGAAAAAAUUCUACAUUAGGAGAAUGCAACAAGAAGUGAUUUGGUAUCUCAAAGCAGCAAUGGACAAAGCAUUCCCAAAGUUCAAAAUGGAGUUGCCUUGGCAUCAACUGUGUGAAGUAGUGGAGAAGCUUAAACCAAGAGCAAAUAUUACACAAGUAACAUGGAGCAUGCCACCAACUGGGAAAAUAAAAGUUAACACUGAUGGGAGCUACAACAAUCAUGGCAACAGAGCUGGAAUCGGGGGAAUAGCUAGAGAUGAGACUGGAAGCAUGAUUUUUGCCUUUGCAAUCCCAGUUCAAGGUACUAGUCAUAACAUGAUAGAAGCUAUGGCAAUCAGAUAUGCUGCUCAAUGGAUCAAAAACAAUGGAUACAGACAAAGCUAUAUAGAGUCUGAUUCAUUGAUGAUUGUGGAAAUGUUAACAAACAGGACCUCUAACAAUCUUACUAUAAAGGAUAUCAUUGAGGAAACUAUGGAUAUAGGGGAUCAAAUGGAGAUUACUUUCAAACAUUGCUACGAGAGAGGGUAA